GUGUGCAUUUAGAAAAAACAAAACAAAUGGGCCCUACAUUAUUGAGAGAAAAAGAUAGAUAUUAUUGAAAUCCUAGAUUACUUAGAGCAAUAAGGGGGCAGAUUCAUUGUACCUGGGUCUCAGCUGAGAGUGUGUGCAAGUGAAGUGAGUGAACUCCACCGAAGAAUCCUUCGAUCCGAUUAUCGCCCAUGGCUGCAGAACCCACGCGCCCCGCCAAAAUCAUCGCCGCCGCCGAUGAUUUCGGAACUCCUCUCAAAGACGCCCUCGUCGCACACCUCCGCUCCCUCAGCAUAGAAGUCGAGGAUCUCGGAACCUCUUCCUACUACUCCGCCGGAGCCGAGGUCGGUCGCCGAGUCUCCCAAUCCUCCGCCGUCCGCGGCCUCGUCGCCUGCGGCACAGGCGCCGGCGUCUCUAUCUUCGCCAACAAAUUCCCUGGCGUCUACGCGGCCACCUGCCUCACCCCUUCCGACGCCAUCAACGCCCGCUCCAUCAACAACUCCAACGUACUCGCCGUUUCCGGCAAGUACACAACGCCGGAAGCCGCAAUCGAGAUCCUGGACACGUGGCUGAACACGCCGUUUAAGUCCGCGUGUCCCGCCAACGAGGGCGAGCCCUGGCCGCGGGAGAUCCAGACGUUUCUGGACCACUCACUGGUGGAGAUGCCGGAGAUCGGUAAAGAAGGAGCGUUCGAUACGUGCGCAGUGUGCUGUCUGGUGAAGAACCGGGAACUGAAUCCGAUCGAGUUGAUUCCGGGCGGUUCGAUGAAGAUCGUGAGGGAGACUCCGACGUCAGCGUUCGUGAGGUUCAAGGCCGGAAGCGUGGAGCCCGCGCACCACCACACAUUCGGGCACGACUUGGUGGUUUUGGAAGGGAAGAAGAGCGUUUGGAAUCUGACGAAGGAAGAGAGAUACGAUCUGAUUGUUGGGGAUUACUUGUUCACUCCCGCAGGCGAUGUGCAUAGGGUUAAGUACCACGAGGAUACUGAGUUUUUCAUCAAGUGGGAUGGGCAUUGGGAUAUGUUCUUCGAUGAGGAUCUUGACACUGCCAAAAAAGCUAUCGAUAAGGACUUAACUUUAACCAACUCCACCGUUUCUUAAUCUCUUCAAUUUCCUCUGCUUUGUAUCAUAUUCCUUAAUAAGCUCCUCUCUCUACUCUGUUUCUUCAAUCUUUGUAUGACAUCUUUCAAU